UUAUUAACCUUAAUAAGCUUUAAUACAGUUACGGUAAACGUUAUUAAAAUCAAAUCAAAUCCUUAUAACGCUCUGUCGAUAUCUCCGCUAUAUUUGUUUUCCCCCGUUUCUCUUCUACACAUCUUACCCCUUCUAUUCUUCAUCAAUAAAUUCAAACACGAAAAAAAUGGAUCUUUUAAAUUAAAACCCACAUAAUUUAUUUGAAAUUUCAACUACUUCACUUCUACCAAUGGCCACCGCAGCAUUCAAAUCUACCACUAAAAGAAUCCCCGUUGGAGCUUCCUCCGUCGAAGACUCCUCCUCCUCCUCCUCCUCCCUCCACCGCCGCUCUCGGAGCCUGAGCCGACCUGCCCGUUCUCGCUACUCUGGUGACACAGACACCGACCUCCCUGCGCCUAGAGGGAAGUUCGUGAACACAGUUAGAGGCUGUGGCUUCCCGGAGAUCAGUCUUGAUGAUCUAGCUAUUGAGUUUUUUGAGUCGGCAAAUCGUGGACGUCUUGAUUCUAGAAGCUCUGAAUCGGAGUCUACUCCUGCUGGUGGAACUUCGUCGUUGAGGCGAGGGAGGUCUGCGAGGAGGAGUUCUGGUGUUGGGGAUGAUAGAAGGAGCAGUAUUGGUGGCGCCGGCGGAGGAAGAACUGUUUCUGAUGCUAAUUCGAGACGAAGGAGAUCGCUUUCGGUGGUUCGCUGCCAAAUUAGUGAUUCUGAGAGUGACCUGGAUCGUUCUCAAAACUCUAAAAGUCGGGCAAAUCUGAAAAAUAAUGAUAUUAGGAGCACGCUAAUGCAAAAUCCAGUUGCUUCGGGUCAAAGACAAGUGCUGAACAAGUCUCUUAGUCAAAAGGAUUUGAGAUCUUAUGAUGGUUACUCUAGUCAUUCUUCAGUUCUCACCGAUGAUGAAGGUGCUGGUGCUCAUUUCAAAAAAAGUGGAAGUGAGAAGUUACGAGCGGUUCAUGCCCAGAAUAAGGUUGGACUCAUUGACACGGCUAAUGAAUUGCACAAAUCAAUGCGGAAAGAAUUGAGGCACAUGGAAACUAAUCUAGCGGUGGUGAAAUCAAGGGCCUCCCCUUUAUCCCCAGGUAACCGGUUGCUGUCAGAUGAUUCUGAUGCUGUUCAGGCUGUUUCUUCAGUCAGAAGGAGCUAUGAAACUGAAUUGGAACAGUCAGAGAAACGAAAACAAGAUUUAUUAGCUGAAAUUGUGUUUGAGGACCAGCGAGGAAGAGAACUUUCCAAGAUUGUUAGUGAACUGAGUCCCACUAAAAAGAUCAAUUUGAGUCCUGCUAGAAAGAGUUUUUCUAUACCAGAACCGCCAAGAGCCAGGAAGAAAAGUAAUGACAGAAACAGAAUGUCUAUGCGGUUGACUGAAGAGGCUGAGAGAUAUAUUGAAGACUUUAUUUCAAAUGUUGAAGAUACAGAUAUUUCGUCGCUUGAUGGAGAAAGGAGUGACACGAGCUCAUCCAUUGGAGGACUGAUAAAACCGGAAACAUUUAGUAGUAGUCCACCGUUCCCUAGACCUCUUCCUGUUUUGAUGGACGGGAUUACGUUACCAUGGUUGCAAUGGGAAACAAGUAACGAAACUACUCCUAGGACAAACAUGAAUAAGGCACUUUUGACAUCAACUCCAAAUACUGCCACCCCGAGUUCCACUCAGGAACAUUUGAAAGAUCAAAGUAACUGUUCUAGCAGCAGUCGUGGAAGCUGGAGUCCUGAUUACCUUAAGGAGUAUGUUGGAAAGGAUGUAUUCAGUAAAAUUGGAAAAGUUUAUAGUAAUCCGGAGCAGUCAUUCUCAGCUAAAUCAAAAGGAUUGAGAUAUGAUGAUAUAGAUGAGUAUCUCAAAGUUAAAAGCAAUGAAGAUUUUCUGACCGAAAGAUGGAAGCAACAACAAAGAAUCAAUACAGGUUGUCUCGUAUUAUGUAACAUAAGAUUGUUUUAGUGUACAGAUAAUUACAAUUAAUCUAUCUGUGUUACAUAAUUUGAAGGCAAGUAUAUUGGUAAAAGACAAGCAUUAUAUGUGCAAGCUUUCUCAUUUUGGUUCAAUAUGUUGGAUUUUUUUAUUUUUAUUUCCUGCGUUAGUUGAGAUCUUUGUAGAUUACACUAUUUUCUGCAUUUUGACACGGAAUAGUUAUGUGUUAGACCUAUGGCUUUCGACUUAGAAGGGGUGAAAGUUUUAAAAAUUUUGCGUUUGCGAAGCGGUUCCGGAUCGACUUACGUCUAUCCCGAACUAUUGGAGAGGAAAGUAAUGUGAAUAAAACUGUUCUUGAAUUUUCGAGGAGAAA